CUUCCAGCUGAGCGAGGUCAUGCGGCGUGGAUGCUUUCACGUUUCUGGACCAGUUUUGGUGGGAGGGUGAUGAGGUGUGCUCUGCUCGCAGUCCCCCUCCCCCAGUGCACAAACCCACUAGCUAUAUUUGCUGGGAUUAGUUCUGCUAGCGACUGAAGUGCAGCUCAUUUUUCUCCGAAUUGGAGGAGUAGCUGCGGUUUAGUUUCUAUGCAGGUUCCAGCAGCACAUAUUAGAAUCCUGCAGUUCCAUUGCAUAUAUCCUCAUUUCUGCCACAGCAGAGAUUUUAUUUCCUUCCAUGGGCUGUGGUGCAGCCUGUUCUGGAGGCAAUAAGGGGAAGUGUGGUAGCUCUUGGGAUGAAAAGCCUCUUCACGUGAAGCACCUGCCUCAGGUGAAGUCCUUGCAGUAGCUCCAGUGGAAAGGAGGCCAUUCUCUAAUAAGAGGGAGGAUGCUGCUUCUUCCAGGCUGGAGACUUCGAAGGGAUCCAGGUACCUCCAGAUCAUCAGUCACUCGAUGUAAACCAGGAGCCAACUGCCCCAGUUCACACAGUGGCAUCAGUAGACAACUGUCCCCGCUAUCUGUCACUGAAGAUUCCUCUGCUCCUAUUCUUGAACUUCAGAACCGAGGAUCCUCAGGAGUUUGCGGACACAGAGUUGAGAGACAGAACAGAUCAGACGAUGGGACACAGACUCAUUCUGAAAACAGCAGCCAAGAAAACAGAAUCAAGGCUCGCUGCCUGUCCUGCACGUCCAUGGUUCUGAAGGGCAUCUGGGGACUCUUGAUCAUCUUGUCAGUAUCAUCGUCUUGGGUUGGAACUACACAGAUUGUAAAAAUUACUUAUAAGAACUUCUAUUGCCCAUUUUUCAUGACUUGGUUUUCAACAAACUGGAACAUUAUGUUUUUCCCAGUCUAUUAUUCUGGUCAUCUAGCCACUGCUCAAGAAAAGCAAUCUCCAAUGAAAAAAUUCAGGGAAUGCAGUCGGAUUUUUGGUGAAGAUGGUCUGACGUUGAAGCUCUUUCUUAAAAGAACUGCUCCCUUUUCUAUUCUAUGGACUUUGACUAAUUACCUUUAUUUACUGGCUUUAAAGAAGCUGACGGCCACUGAUGUCUCCGCUCUGUUCUGUUGUAACAAAGCCUUUGUCUUCUUGCUGUCGUGGAUUGUGCUGAAAGACAGGUUCAUGGGAGUGAGGAUAGUUGCUGCAAUAAUGGCAAUUACCGGCAUUGUCAUGAUGGCGUAUGCAGAUAAUUUCCACGCUGAUUCCAUCGUAGGAGUGGCAUUUGCAGUGGGCUCAGCCUCUACAUCUGCAUUAUAUAAGGUCUUGUUUAAAAUGUUUCUUGGAAGUGCCAACUUUGGGGAAGCCGCACACUUUGUCUCCACCUUGGGUUUCUUCAAUUUGAUCUUCAUCUCCUUCACCCCAGUCAUCUUGUAUUUCACCAAGGUGGAGCACUGGUCCUCUUUUGCAGCUCUGCCGUGGGGCUGUCUCUGUGGGAUGGCAGGGCUGUGGCUGGCCUUCAACAUCCUGGUGAAUGUUGGGGUGGUGCUGACGUACCCAAUCCUAAUCUCCAUUGGGACAGUGCUCAGCGUUCCUGGAAAUGCAGCUGUGGAUCUCCUAAAGCAGGAGGUGAUAUUCAAUGUCGUCCGCCUGGCUGCUACCAUCAUCAUCUGCAUUGGGUUUCUGCUGAUGCUGUUGCCUGAAGAAUGGGAUGAAAUCACCCUGAGGUUCAUCAACAGCCUGAAGGAAAAGAAGAGUGAGGAGCAUGUGGAUGAUGUGACUGAUCCCAGCGUACACCUGCGAGGCAGAGGCAGAGCCAAUGGGACAGUGUCUAUACCACUGGCUUAGAGAGGGACACAUUCUGAAUGCACGUGUAUGUAUAUUCUGUGAAUAUAACAAAAUUUUCUCACUACCUGUACACUCAAAUGACAGUAUUAACUCUGAAUUUGGAUAAAUCAUAUGUGAAAUAAUGCCAACAAUAAAAGUUUACAUUUAUAUGCUUAUCAAGGAAUUGGUGUAAAUAAUCAUAAUAGUUUUUUUAUUAAAACACAUUUGUCCUU